AUGCAGCCCCGAGCUCGUCCCAUCCACAAGUUUGCCAAGGCAGUCUCGCAAUGCUCUGCAGAGGCCGCAGUAUAUGGUAAAUGCAUUGUUGCCGACUACAACUCGGUUCACAAAGACAAGUGCCUCAAGGAGUUCCUCAAGCUCAAGGACUGCUAUCUGGCGGCAUCACGCAAGUCAUAA